UACCUGGAUGAGUUGAGCAUCACAGUGUUUUGUCUGUCCUUCAGUUACCUGGAUGAGUUGAGCAUCGCGGGGGAAUGUGCAGCAGAGUAUCUGGGUCUGUACCAGAAGCUCAUCAAGCCUCCUCAGUGGAAGGUGUACCUGGCCGCCCGAGGAGUCCUGCCCUACAUCGGCAACCUCAUCACCAAGGAAAUAGCCAACCUGUUGUCUCUGGAGGAGGCCACUCUCAGCACAGACCUGCAGCAGGGAUACGCCCUCAAGAGCUUGACUGGUAUGUAGCCUGUCACCUUUCAUUCACCUAAACUAAGGCACUUGCAUUAACUGAUCUUAUUUGGAUAGUUGACUCAAAUAAAACAUUAACAUGAUUUUCCACUUACACUAUAUAUACAGCAGUAUGUGGACACCUCUUCAAAUUAGUGGAUUCGGCUAUUUCAGCCACACCCGUUGCUGACAGGUGUAUAAAUUCGAGCACACAGCCAUGUAAUCUCCAUAGACAAACAUUGGCAGUAGAAUGGCCUUACUGAAGAGCUCAGUGACUUUCAACGUGGCACCGUCACAGGAUGCCACCUUUCCAACAAGUCUGUUCGUCAAAUUUCUGCCCUGCUAGAGCUGCCCCAGUCAACUGUAAGUGCUGUUAUUGUGAAGUGGAAACGUCUAGGAGCAACAACGGCUCAGCCGCGAAGUGGUAGGUCACACAAACUCACAGAAUGGGACCGCCGAGUCCUGAAGCGUGCAGUGCGUAAAAAUCGUCUGUCCUCGGUUACAACACUCACUACCGAGUUCCAAACUGCCUCUGGAAGCAACGUCAGUUCAAGAACUGUUCGACUGGAGCUUCAUGAAAUGGGUUUCCAUGGCCGAGCAGCCGCACACAAGCCUAAGAUCACCAUGUGCAAUGCAAAGCGUUGGCUGGAGUGGUGUAAAGCUCGUCGCCAUUGGACUUUGGAGCAGUGGAAAGGCAUUCUCUGGAGUGAUGAAUCACGCUUAACCGUCGACGGACAAAUCUGGGUUUGGCAGAUGCCAGGAGAACGCUACCUGCCCUAAUGCAUAGUGCCAACUGUAAAGUUUGGUGGAGGAGGAAUAAUGGUCUAGGGCUGUUUUUCAUGGUUCAGGUUAGGCCCCUUAGUUCCAGUGAAGGGAAAUCUUAACGCUACAGCAUACAAUACAUUCUAGACAAUUCUGUGCUUCCAACUUUGUGUCAACAGUUUGGGGAAUGCCCUUUCCUGUUUCAGCAUGACAAUGCCCCCGUGCACAAAGCGAGGUCCAUACAGAAAUGGUUUGUCGAGAUCGGUGUGGGAGAACUUGACUGACCUGCAAAAUGCCCUGACCCGAACACCUUUGGGAUGAAUUGGAACGCCGACUGCGAGCCAGGCCUAAUCGCCCAACAUCAGUGCCCGACCACACUAAUGCUCUUGUGGCUGAAUGGAAGCAAGUCCACGCAGCAAUGUUCCAACAUCUAGUGGAAAGCCUUCCAAGAACAGUGGAGGCUGUUAUAGCAGCAAAAGGGGGGGACCAACUCCAUAUCAAUGUCCAUAGUUUUGGAAUGAGAUGUUCGACAAGCAGGUGUCCACAUACUUUUGGUCAUGUAGUGUACCUUGGCUUUAGUCGAUUCACCAAGAUAUUUAUCUAAUGCAGAUACUUUUGUUUGUUAGAAUUAUGUGAAAAUGUCCUAAAACGAUAAGCUUCAAUGAUAAUAUGCUACCUAUCCCCUGUGUCUUCCAGGCCUGCUGUCGUCCUUUGUGGAGGUGGAGUCCAUCAAGCGUUACUUUAAGAGUCGUCUGGUGGGCACGGUGCUGAACGGCUACCUGUGUCUCAGGAAACUAGUGGUGCAGAGGACCAAGCUCAUCGACGAGACCCAGGACAUGCUGCUGGAGAUGCUGGAGGACAUGACCACAGGUAUAAAGCUAGUUAAUAUAUAGACCCAGGACAUGCUCCUAGACAUGCUGGAGGACGUGACCACAGGUAUAAAGCUAGUUAAUAUAUAGACCCAUUACAUGCUGCUGGAGAUGCUGGAGGACAUGACCACAGGUAUAAAGCUAGUUAAUAUAUAGACCCAGGACAUGCUGCUGGAGAUGCUGGAGGACAUGACCACAGGUAUAAAGCUAGUUAAUAUAUAGACCCAGGACAUGCUGCUGGAGAUGCUGGAGGACGUGACCACAGGUAUUAAGCUAGUUAAUAUAUAGACCCAGGACAUGCUGCUGGAGAUGCUGGAGGACAUGACCACAGGUAUAAAGCUAGUUAAUAUAUAGACCCAGGACAUGCUGCUGGAGAUGCUGGAGGACAUGACCACAGGUAUAAAGCUAGUUAAUAUAUAGACCCAGGACAUGCUCCUAGACAUGCUGGAGGACGUGACCACAGGUAUAAAGCUAGUUAAUAUAUAGACCCAGGACAUGCUGGAGGACAUGACCACAGGUAUAAAGCUAGUUAAUAUAUAGACCCAGGACAUGCUGGAGGACAUGACCACAGGUAUAAAGCUAGUUAAUAUAGAGACCCAUUACAUGCUGCUGGAGAUGCUGGAGGACUUGACCACAGGUGUGUGCCACACAAAAUACACACUUUGAGUUGAUCAUAUCCGUUUGAACCAUAGAAAUAGAAGUAAACUCAAUAUGGCCGCCGGUCCACCGAUCACGGAACGUUGACUUGAAUGAGAAAUGUCCAUUCUAAUAACUAUAUUUCUAUGCGGUGCUGGAAUCGGUGGUGUCAGAGUGGAAAUGUGUGCUUUUUUUUUUUUUCAUUCUCCAGGGACCGAGUCUGAGACCAAGGCCUUCAUGGCAGUGUGCAUUGAGACAGCCAAGAGAUACAACCUGGAUGACUACAGAACGCCGGUGUUCAUCUUUGAGAGACUCUGUAGCAUCAUCUACCCCGUAAGAGGCUUCUUCUCUGUUCCUGCUGUAACUCCAAGUCUAUCGGUCAAUUCCUCUUUCCUUGAUUCCUUGCAUCCUCUUUUCCUCGCCUCCUUCUCAAAACGCAUUGGCGAGGUCCCGAGGGGAGGGACCUUGGACCUUCUCAAAGGCGAGGAGAUGGGGAGCAAAAAAAAAAUAACAGAAUCUCCUCCUCUUCCUCUUCCUCUUCCACACCCUCCUCUACCUUCUACCCUCCUCCUGCUCUUCCUCCCCCUCCAGGAGGAGAACGAGGUGACAGAGUUCUUUGUCACCCUGGAGAAGGAUCCUCAGCAGGAGGACUUCCUGCAGGGCCGUAUGCCCGGUAACCCGUACAGCAGCAACGAGCCAGGCAUCGGACCCCUGAUGAGGGACAUCAAGAACAAGAUCUGUCAGGACUGUGACCUGGUGGCCCUGCUAGAGGACGACAGUGGCAUGGAGGUAGGAAACCUCAUAUUUCUCCUGUAGCUACAACGCUGUGCUCACUGCUUUUUGUCCAAGACACCGUCUACCUCUUGCACAUAAGUAAUAUUUUGCUGUGCUGUUGGGGAUUGCUGUCCUGGAGUUGAAACAGAAGAAGAUGGGGGACUGUUCUUCACCUAAUGGUUUCCUGGCUAUUUGUUUCUCCUAGCUUCUGGUGAACAACAAAAUCAUCAGUUUGGACCUGCCUGUGGCUGAGGUUUACAAGAAAGUGUGGUGCCCUACCAACGAGGUGACAAACUCUUCACUAUUUAUUGUCCAACUGGGAUUUUUCCAAACAGUGGUUUGAGGUUGUCUAGGCUUGUUUGUGAAGUGCGUUAACCCGGUUUGUUUUGUCUGUCAGGGAGAGCCAAUGAGGAUAAUCUAUCGUAUGAGGGGUCUCCUUGGAGACGCUACCGAGGAGUUUAUAGAGUCCCUGGACUCUACCACAGACGAAGAGGAGGAUGAGGAGGAGGUCUAUAAGAUGGCAGGGGUGAUGGCACAGUGUGGGGGGCUGGAGUGUAUGCUCAGCAGACUGUCUGGCAUCAGGGACUUCAAACAGGGAAGACACCUGCUCACUGUGAGUAGUACAUGGAACAGAGACUACAUUAUAUAUUGUUUCUAGUUAUUUAUUUAUUGAGGAAAUGCAACAUUUACAUUGUAGUCAAUGACUUGUUACUACCAUUAUUAUGCAACAUUUACAUUGUAGUCAAUGACUUGUUACUACCGUAUUUAAGAUACUCUUUGAAGAGGUAGGGUAUCAAAUGUUUUUGGAAACAUUUGACAAAUGUACAUACACAUUUGCCUCAGUCAUGUCAGUACAAAGACACUGUUUAAAGACAUAUUUCAGAAUUUCCCCAUUACACUAACAUUUCAAACAGUAUAUAAUAACACUCCCCUCCCCUCUGUCCCCUCCCAGGUCCUGCUGAAGCUGUUCAGUUACUGUGUAAAGGUGAAGAUCAACAGACAGCAGCUGGUCAAACCAGAGAUGAACACGCUCAACGUCAUGCUGGGCACACUCAAC